UCCCAAUGAGUGUGCACGCUACCUGGAGACUCUCAAGAGCUACGAGAACAAGCCGGCAAACGGCAUUCAAGAGCGGGUGGACAGUGAUUAUAUCUCCCGGCUCACCAGUGCCCUCACCUCCAUCCGCCAUGUCAACAAAACCGAUGCUCUUACUUUGGGGACUAACUUUGGGACACUGGCCAAUAUCAUGGGGGCAUCAAUGGACGACCUCUCGCGGUGCCCUGGGAUAGGAGAGAAGAAGGUGAGUGCAUGUGCUGGUGUGGUGGUGUGCGGUACAGAGGUGUAUGUGUCAACACCAUGCUCCCACCUGAUCAGACUUUGGCCAAUAUUAUGGGGGCUUCAAUGGACGAGCUCUCUCGGUGCCCAGGGAUAG